AUGGUCAACUUUGUUACUUCUGUCACCGUUCUUCUGACUGCCGUCUCCUCGGCGGUUGCCAUUCCCUACACUCUUCAGGAGCGUCAAUCAGACACCACUUGCAUGGACCAUCUCCCCGCCAGCUCUCUAGCCAGGGUCAGCGAAGCCGUCGAGUGCAUCAAUUACCUGGCCAGUCUCAACCAAGCUUGUGUGGCUGGUGUUUCCGGCGUGUCUUUCUGCAGACGUGGAAACACACAGAUUACUGGAUUGGCUCGUAACCUUCCCUCCCACCUGACUUCGUCCUCUUCUUGCAAGGACGUCGCUCGCGGUGCUGGUCUGAUUAUGGAUCGUUGCACUCGUGGUGAUGGCACAGUCAGGGGCCAGAACCCGGCUUGGGGCAAUGGAAACCUCUGGGUUGAUAUCCGAAGUGUUUAA